AUGGCGCGGCGCUCUUCAACCAUUUCAAUUAACCUCCUUGACCGCCAACUGCUCUUUAUUUCUAUUGACAAAAAUGAGAGGUUUGGAGAGCAGGCAUCUUGUAACGUGUCAGAUGAGAACGCCAGUAACGUGUCAGAUGAGAACGCCAGUAACGUGUCGCCAGAUGAGAACGCCAGUAACGUGUCAGAUGAGAACGCCAGUAACGUGUCAGAUGAGAACGCCAGUAACGUGUCAGAUGAGAACGCCAGUAACGUGUCAGAUGAGAACGCCAGUAACGUGUCAGAUGAGAACGCCAGUAACGUGUCAGAUGAGAACGCCAGUAACGUGUCAGAUGAGAACGCCAGUAACGUGUCAGAUGAGAACGCCAGUAACGUGUCAGAUGAGAACGCCAGUAACGUGUUAGAUGAGAACGCCAGUAACGUGUCAGAUGAGAACGCCAGUAACGUGUCAGAUGAGAACGCCAGUAACGUGUCAGAUGAGAACGCCAGUAACGUGUUAGAUGAGAACGCCAGUAACGUGUCAGAUGAGAACGCCAGUAACGUGUUAGAUGAGAACGCCAGUAACGUGUCAGAUGAGAACGCCAGUAACGUGUUAGAUGAGAACGCCAGUAACGUGUCAGAUGAGAACGCCAGUAACGUGUCAGAUGAGAACGCCAGUAACGUGUCAGAUGAGAACGCCAGUAACGUGUCAGAUGAGAACGCCAGUAACGUGUCAGAGAACGCCAGUAACGUGUCAGAGAACGCCAGUAACGUGUCAGAUGAGAACGCCAGUAACGUGUCAGAUGAGAACGCCAGUAACGUGUCAGAUGAGAACGCCAGUAACGUGUCAGAUGAGAACGCCAGUAACGUGUCAGAUGAGAACGCCAGUAACGUGUCAGAUGAGAACGCCAGUAACGUGUCAGAUGAGAACGCCAGUAACGUGUCAGAUGAGAACGCCAGUAACGUGUCAGAUGAGAACGCCAGUAACGUGUCAGAUGAGAACGCCAGUAACGUGUCAGAUGAGAACGCCAGUAACGUGUCAGAUGAGAACGCCAGUAACGUGUCAGAUGAGAACGCCAGUAACGUGUCAGAUGAGAACGCCAGUAACGUGUCAGAUGAGAACGCCAGUAACGCCAGUAACGUGUCAGAUGAGAACGCCAGUAACGUGUCAGAUGAGAACGCCAGUAACGUGUCAGAUGAGAACGCCAGUAACGUGUCAGAUGAGAACGCCAGUAACGUGUCAGAUGAGAACGCCAGUAACGUGUCAGAUGAGAACGCCAGUAACGUGUCAGAUGAGAACGCCAGUAACGUGUCAGAUGAGAACGCCAGUAACGUGUCAGAUGAGAACGCCAGUAACGUGUCAGAUGAGAACGCCAGUAACGUGUCAGAUGAGAACGCCAGUAACGUGUCAGAUGAGAACGCCAGUAACGUGUCAGAUGAGAACGCCAGUAACGUGUCAGAUGAGAACGCCAGUAACGUGUCAGAUGAGAACGCCAGUAACGUGUCAGAUGAGAACGCCAGUAACGUGUCAGAUGAGAACGCCAGUAACGUGUCAGAUGAGAACGCCAGUAACGUGUCAGAUGAGAACGCCAGUAACGUGUCAGAUGAGAACGCCAGUAACGUGUCAGAUGAGAACGCCAGUAACGUGUCAGAUGAGAACGCCAGUAACGUGUCAGAUGAGAACGCCAGUAACGUGUCAGAUGAGAACGCCAGUAACGUGUCAGAUGAGAACGCCAGUAACGUGUCAGAUGAGAACGCCAGUAACGUGUCAGAUGAGAACGCCAGUAACGUGUCAGAUGAGAACGCCAGUAACGUGUCAGAUGAGAACGCCAGUAACGUGUUAGAUGAGAACGCCAGUAACGUGUCAGAUGAGAACGCCAGUAACGUGUCAGAUGAGAACGCCAGUAACGUGUCAGAUGAGAACGCCAGUAACGUGUCAGAUGAGAACGCCAGUAACGUGUCAGAUGAGAACGCCAGUAACGUGUCAGAUGAGAACGCCAGUAACGUGUCAGAUGAGAACGCCAGUAACGUGUCAGAUGAGAACGCCAGUAACGUGUCAGAUGAGAACGCCAGUAACGUGUCAGGUGAGAACGCCAGUAACGUGUCAGGUGAGAACGCCAGUAACGUGUUAGAUGAGAACGCCAGUAACGUGUCAGAUGAGAACGCCAGUAACGUGUCAGAUGAGAACGCCAGUAACGUGUCAGAUGAGAACGCCAGUAACGUGUCAGAUGAGAACGCCAGUAACGUGUUAGAUGAGAACGCCAGUAACGUGUCAGAUGAGAACGCCAGUAACGUGUUAGAUGAGAACGCCAGUAACGUGUCAGAUGAGAACGCCAGUAACGUGUCAGAUGAGAACGCCAGUAACGUGUCAGAUGAGAACGCCAGUAACGUGUUAGAUGAGAACGCCAGUAACGUGUCAGAUGAGAACGCCAGUAACGUGUCAGAUGAGAACGAGGGAACACUUUCGGAAACCUAA